GUCUCCUUCUCUGCCUUCUCGUCUCGUCCCGACUGUCCCUUCUCUCCACACUCAAUCCCGUCAAAAACACCACUGAUCCUCGCCUUCCUCUCCUCGUCCGAAGCAGCUCUUUUCCGUCAUCUGCCCCUCUCUCCCUUCGCUGAUCUGCAGCACAUUGCCCCUCCAUUGCCGCAUCGUGAACCCUUCGCCCCACCAGGUGACCCAGAUCACGCCCAGCUUUCGCCGGCAGCUAUUCGCAUUGCAUUGCCUUUGUCCCCAACGUUUUUUGCAGAGUCCAUCCUCCUCGGCCCCUCGCCAUACAAUCAUCCACAAUGUCGGCGUACACAACCAACACUGGUGGCGGAGAGACGGAGAAGAUCAACACCAACAUCGUCACCCUCACCCGGUUCCUCACGGAAGAGCAGGCAAAACACACGGAGGCCACCGGAGAUUUCACCCUUCUCUGCCACGCCCUGCAAUUUUCCUUCAAGUCCAUCGCGUACUACAUUCGCCGCGCCACCCUCGUCAACCUGACCGGCCUGGCUGGAUCCUCCAACACAACAGGCGAUGACCAGAAGAAGCUGGAUGUCAUCUCCAAUGACCUCUUCAUCGAGGCCAUGAGGUCCUCGGGCAAGUGCGCCCUGCUCGUGUCCGAGGAAGAGGAGGAAGUCAUCUUCUUCCGAGAUGCCACUGGUGCCCGCUACGCAGUGGCCUGUGAUCCCAUUGACGGCAGCUCCAACCUGGAUGCUGGUGUGUCUGUUGGCACCAUCUUUGCCAUCCACAAGCUGCCUGAUGGUUCCUCCGGAACCAAGGAGGACAUUCUCAAGCCCGGCACCGAGCUGCUGGCCGCCGGUUUCACAAUGUACGGCGCCUCGGCCCAACUGGUCAUCACCAUGAAGGGAGGCAGCGUUAACGGUUUCACCCUCGACAACGGUGUCGGCGAGUUCAUCUUGACCCACCCCGACAUGCGCCUGCCCAAGUCCCGUGCGAUCUAUUCCGUCAACGAGGGUAACUCGCUCUACUGGGAGGACAAGACGAAGAAUUACUUCAACUCGCUCAAGGAGCUGCAGGACAAUGGCAAGCCCUACAGCGCCAGGUACAUCGGCAGCAUGGUCGCUGACGCGUACCGUACCCUGCUGUACGGCGGUGUCUUUGCUUACCCCGCCGACAAGAAGAGCCCCAAAGGCAAGCUCCGCAUCCUCUACGAGUGCGCACCCAUGGCGCUGAUCUUUGAGAACGCCGGUGGCCAAGCCGUCGACAGCAACAUGACCCGCCUGCUGGAGCUCGUGCCGGAGCACAUUCACGACAGGGCGGGUAUCUUCAUGGGUAGUUAUGACGAGGUUGAGAAGAUCAAGGCAUUCCACAGCUAAGUGUAGCGGAUCAAGGAGACAACGGAAAUGACAUGGUGUUUUACUCGGAUAGAAUGAAUUGGAUUCCUCCA